AUGGGCCAACACGUUUCUACUUUGCAGAACCAGCUCAGUGCUCUACAGCACUCGAAAUGGAGCCUACAAUCUCCCAACUACCGGCCGGCCAAUCUUCUAUGUCCUCCGACGUCUCUCAAAGAACAUGAGGGUCCAGAAGAAGAUCUGGGAGCAGUUCUUCGCCCGAUGAUAAGUUCCUUCGCCUCUAAUAUUGGUUAUACAUCAUCUCCACCAGAGCCCAGCGCCGAGCUAUGGAUCGCCAUGCGCGCAUUUGCAGAUCAACUAGGAGUCAACUACGACGAAGGGACCCAUUCGUGGAAAUGCUUCAGAGUGGGAAUAUCAUAUGCGGCAGUCUGCUUGCCCAAGCAUCCUCUGGAGGUUCAAGUCUACGUCGGCACGUACUCCUGGCUGGGACUUCUCCUGGACGACGAAACUGCAAAAUCGCCCGACGACUUCUCGAGAUUUGUCCAGUGUUUUGCGCUCGGAGAAAGGCAGCCCACGCCACUUCUCGAAGGAUGGGCAGAACUCAUGCGUUUGUCGUUCAAGUAUUGGGACCCCGUCGUUGCAAACUUCAUCGUGUCAUCCUCGAUGAACUUUGUGAACGCAAAUGUUCUUGAGACCCGAGACGAAUUCAAGAAGCUUGAGCCGACUCGCGGCGGCAAGAGCUGGCCCUGGUUUCUCCGCGACAAAGACGGCGUUGCGGAAGCUUAUGCUUGGUUCACGUUUCCCAAGAUUCCGUAUGAUGACAUGUCGAACUACUUGGAAAUGAUCCCGGACUUGUCUUCAUACAUUGCUCUAACGAAUGACAUCCUAUCCUUUUACAAGGAGGAGAAAAAUGGUGACAAAGACAACUAUGUACAUAGUCGUGGCUGGCUGCAAAUGAUCACAUACUGGGUUAUGUAG